AAAAACCCACGUAUAAGCUAACGACAGCCAGUCUGCGACUUGCCAUCUUCACGGUCCCUUUUCGCUUCGCCCCGCACCCUUGCGACCAAAUAGCUCCCAAUCUUCGAACUCUCCUGCAAUGGCUGCCCUCACCAUGACGUCCAUGCGUCGUCCUUUUGGAGCAACCUCUCCGUAUGUCUCGUCACCCCUGGCUGGGUCGUCGCAUACAUCCUCCACACCCCCUGGAGCUGUGCCAAAGCUUGCUGCCAACUUCCCUCAGUCUCGCCCUCUGCGACCCUUCGCAUCUCUCCCCCAGAACCUGUCGAAGAGACCGGUUAAAAUCAUUGAACCACCGAAAAAUUUCAAGACGACUUUCAUCCUAGACCUGACGCAGGGGGAGUUCAGUCGAAGAGACUGAUGGUCAUGCCUAACCCCUCACUCGGCAUCGUGAGAUUUCCUCGGAUGGCUCAGUAUUCCUUGACACUUCGCGCUUCGUUGAGCGGUUGUGGUGGGUUGACUAUAUUGCAUUCCCUGUUGUACUACCAUAUACCCCACCUAUUAUGCCGCAUAGUAACAGUCGUACGAAUACCCUGUUCAUGUAUCCGCCUUACCCUACUAGUCUUGAAUGUUUUUUUUUGUCGCGUGGAGAAUUGGCCGCUUGAUUUAGACACCGGACCUUUUGAAAACGGGUGUGUUGCAAGCAGACGCAAAUUCGUCCCAUGCUGUAGCAGCAAA